AUGGAAGUGCAAUUAAGUGAAGCGGAAAAGGUAUUUAUAAUACAUGGGGCACAGGAAGGCUUACGAGCUGAUGGACGCAGCCCGUAUGAUUAUCGACCUGUAAUUGUUCAAACCGGUGUGUUGGCAACAACAAAUGGUUCAGCUCGUGUCCGAAUAGGUUCAACUGAUUUAUUAAUUGGUGUUAAGGCGGAACUAAUCAAUGUGGAAAACAUUGCUCUUCACCGGAAUCGGCUAAAUUUCUUUGUUGAUUGCUCAGCAAAUGCCACUCCUCUCUUUGCUGGUCGUGGUGGUGAAGAAUUCGCAGGUGAAUUGAGUGCUGCACUGGAUGCUGCUUAUGAUAACAAUUAUGUGCUUCCAGAUUUGAAAAAGUUGAUUCUGUCUCCGAUGCAUGCGUGGAAAUUGUAUGUGGAUAUCGUUCUUUUGCAGUGUGACGGUAAUGUUAUCGAUGCAGCAGCUUUAGGGGUUAAGGCAGCACUGAAAGAUACGGAAAUUAGCCAAGUUAUAGUCAGACCAGCUGAUGAGGGAAAGUAUACAAUUGAUUUGCCGGAUGAUAAUACCAUUUGGAAAUUAGAUGUAUCAAGAGUUCCUUUGUUUGUCAGUGUAAAUAGGCUUGGAAGUGCUAAAAUUGUUGAUAAUUCAUUGGCAGAAGAAGCAUGCACUCGUGCAUCCGUCUGGAUUGCUGCUGCUCCACAAUUUGGAAAUAAUCAAUAUGUGGUAAAGCGUGAUGGUUGCAUAAUUACAUUUAUGAAGCAAUGUGGUGGUGGUACUCUUGAAAUGGAUUCACUUGAAGAAAUGAUCAGUAUUGGCUUAAAAACUGUGCGGCAACUACAUGAAGCACUUGAUCGGAGAUUAAUAGACGAAAAUUGGAUGGCAGAAAAACCUUUGUCAACAUUCUUACAAUGA